CGGUGUUGUUGUGUAACGUUAAAGUCAUGGAUGGGGGAGUUGAACGGGUUGAGUUUAUGACUGCAAGGACAUACAGCAAACGCAGACGUUUAAUUGAUUUAGCAGCACUAACGUUCAUCUGAGGGGAUACUUAUUCAAGCAAGACUAGAAGAAUCUCAGUGGCAUUUGAAGCAGAUAUUCUUUGUGUGGGUCCAUCAUCAUCAUCAUCAUGGUGGAGAUGAAGAGUUACUGUGAAGCGGGGGUCUCCAUGCAGCAGGUCUGGGUGGAGGGUGGUCUGACUCUGUGCUUCUACUUCACCCUAGUGCCAUCAGUCCUCCUCACCCUCUCCUUCCUCUUUGGCACGUUUCUGUGCAUAUGCUACAGCCGUUACGGCACAGCCAUGGAGCCCAAGUUCAUCCCUCGCUCUCGACUCUACCAGGUCCAGGUGGGCCUGUCGGUGCUGCUCGUCCUGCAGGCUCUGGGCUGGAUGGUGUUUCGAAUCGCUCGCAGCGGAGAGCUGCCGGGAUACGUGGUUGUGUACGGCUGUCUCUCCAUGCUGGGCUGGAUUUGGGCCGUGGCCCUGCUGCGUCUGGAGAGGAGGAGGGUUCUGGUGCGGGACAGAACCAGAGGUCACAGUACGGUACUGUUGCUGUACUGGGCCGUAGCGUUUGCCGCUGAAAACCUGGCGUUUGUGUCGUGGAUGAGCCCUCAGUGGUGGUGGACUCUGGAAACGUCCGAUCAACAGGUAAUGAACCAGCUGACAGAUGGGAGCUCCUGGAAGACUCUGGCGACUACAGUUUGUAUUUAUGGGCUUCUGAAGUUCCUGCAGGGAGGUGGAGCUGGAGCGUCUGGGUUUGUAAGUAACAUGCGUUCGUUCCUGUGGAUUCGAGUGCAGCAGUACACUAACCGCGUGGUCCAGGUGCGUCUCUUCGCUCAUCUGCACUCUCUGUCUCUGCGCUGGCACCUGGGCCGCCGCACAGGGGAUGUCCUGAGAAGCAUCGACAGAGGAACUUCAUCCAUCAACAGCCUGCUGAGCUACAUCGUGUUCAGCAUCUUCCCCACUAUCGCUGACAUUGUCAUCGCCAUUGUCUAUUUCAUAUCCAAUUUCAAUGCCUGGUUUGGCCUCAUAGUCUUCGUUUGCAUGGCCCUCUACCUCACUCUCACUAUUGUUAUCACUGAAUGGAGAACCAAAUACAGACGAGAUAUGAACACACAAGAUAACAAUGCCAAAUCGAAAGCUGUGGACUCUUUAUUGAACUUUGAGACGGUGAAAUAUUACAAUGCAGAGAGUUAUGAAGUGGGUCACUUUGAGAAUGCCAUCCUGAAAUAUCAGGUAUCGGAGUGGAAGACCAACGCAUCUCUGGCACUCUUAAAUCAAACGCAGAACCUCAUCAUCGGCUUGGGUCUUCUGACCGGAUCUCUGCUCUGUGCGUACUUCGUGACAGAGGGAAAGUUUCAGGUAGGAGAUUAUGUGCUGUUUGGGACGUACAUCAUCCAGCUCUACACUCCUCUCAACUGGUUUGGAACAUACUACAGAAUGAUCCAGAAUUCCUUUAUUGAUAUGGAAAGCAUGUUCAAGCUCUUCACUGAGGAAGAGGAGGUGAAGGAUGAUGUCAACGCAGGAAACCUCGACUACAGACAGGGACACAUAGAGUUUGAGAAUGUCUUCUUCAGCUACAUGCAAGGCAAGGAGAUUCUAAAAGACGUCUCUUUUACCGUUCUCCCUGGACAAACAGUUGCACUUGUCGGACAGUCUGGAUCAGGAAAGAGCACCAUCAUCCGUCUGCUUUUCCGUUUUUAUAACGUUCAGGGCGGGUGUGUAAAAAUAGAUGGCCAAGAUAUCUCAAAGGUGAAGCAGGCCUCUCUGCGUGCUCACAUUGGCGUCGUACCUCAAGAUACCGUCCUGUUUAAUGACAGCAUUCGACAUAACAUCCGCUACGGUCGAGUUACUGCUUCUGACCAGGAGGUGGAGGAGGCUGCCAUCGCUGCUGACAUCCAUGACAAAAUCAUAACCUUCCCCGAGGGCUAUGAGACUCAGGUGGGUGAGAGGGGACUAAAGUUGAGCGGAGGAGAGAAGCAGAGAGUCGCCAUCGCUCGCACCAUCCUCAAAGCGCCACAGAUCAUCCUCCUCGACGAGGCCACAUCUGCUCUAGACACACAGACCGAGCGAAAUAUUCAGGCCUCACUAGCUAAAGUCUGUGCCAACAGAACCACCAUUGUGGUGGCACACAGAUUGUCGACUGUGAUUGGAGCCGAUGUGAUUCUUGUACUUCGUGAUGGACAGAUUGUGGAGAGAGGAAGGCAUGAGGAGCUGUUGGCGAAGGGAGGCCUGUACUCUGACAUGUGGCUAAAACAGCAGCAGGCGCAGGAUUCAGACUCGGCCUCUGACACCGAGACCAAAGACAGGAAAUCUGAGAAACUACAGCCACAAACAUCCACUGCAGGACAUAAGGGACAUUAGGCACACGAGACAUGCAAUCAGAUCUGGUUUUGUGUGCAUUUUAAGCUCGUCCAAUGCUGUUUUGCCAUAUUAGAAUGAUAAUUAUUUAGUAUCAUAUUUUGUUUUCGCCAGUUCUUAAAAGUGAUCCAUGUUGCCUAAGGAUUUAUUUAUUUAUGAGAUAUUUAAGUCCUUUUUUAUAUUGCUUUUGCAAUUACUUUUCACUCAUUGCAUUUAUAAUGCUUAUUAAUAUGAGUGAAGACUGACCGAGUAUUAAAUAAUGCUCUGACAAUUAUGCCUCCUUCCACUACUAUAACUUAAUUAUGUUGAAUGUACAGUGGGGGAUAUUUUAUUUUAAUCAGUCAGUGGAUUUCUCUGGUUGCAUUGAUUUUCUUUGUAAUAGCGAACAUUCGGCAACUGAUUGUAAUUGUGUAUAUGAUCUACAUCAGAACAAAUUGUAAUUUUAUUUGAAAUGAAUAAUUAUAUUUCUGGUGCCAUUGUAUAGCAGUAAAUACCAAUAUAUGACUUUCUAUACAGACUAAGAUUAAGUUUAAAUUUAGGACUAGGUUAUAGGCCGGGAGGGGGGGGGGGCAUCAUUUCCUCAAUCAAUUUGCAUGUUAAUUUCUGAUAUGUGCACACUUUUUUAGGUUAUGAUCAUUUGUGUGCUUAAAGAUCAUUUUGUCGUGCUGUAUGUGUGGAGUGAGAUUUAUUGCUUAGAUGCAAUACUGCACAACUUCAGUUCAAUUUAAGGGACAUUGGAGCUUGCUCGGUUUGUAGGACUGACACUAAACUCAGGGGACAAGGUUGAAAUGAGCCAUUGGGGUGUUUUUGCUGUACUAUGUAGAUUUCCACACGAAGCUUUGUGGUCGUUUUUUAAUGAUUAUUCAAAGAACGGGUGGAGAAAUAGCCACUGACAGAAUUUGACAGUCGUAACAGGAUGGAUAAAGUCUGUGAAGAUUUUUUUGUAUGUAUUUUAUUGUGCAAUAAAGGCAACUGAGGGAAUAUGUUCUUUUAUUGAUCACAUUGUUCUUUGCGUAAAAUAUUGUAUGUUCAUUAAAAUGCCAUAUGUAUUUCCUUUAUAUUUUGUUUAGAAAUAAAAAUACAUGAAAUAAU